CCUACUUAUACGAUGCUCGCAAGAGAUACGGUCUCAUUCUCUAAGUUCUGGUUUGGUGUUUAGUUUGUAAACAAAAGAUCCGAAAAUGAGUCAGAAGCCUGCGUACAAAGUAGCUGAUAUCACCCUGGCCGACUUCGGUCGCAAAGAAAUGAUUAUGGCUGAGAAUGAGAUGCCUGGCUUAAUGGCUCUUAGGAAGAAGUAUGGCCCCCUGAAGAUCCUGAAAGGAGCUCGAAUUGCUGGCUGUCUCCAUAUGACUAUACAGACUGCCGUUUUGAUUGAAACUCUCUUGGAGUUGGGAGCUGAGGUCCAAUGGUCAAGUUGCAAUAUAUUUUCAACUCAGGAUCACGCAGCUGCUGCUAUUGCUAAAAGAGGAGUUGCUGUAUAUGCAUGGAAGGGUGAAACAGAUGAGGAAUAUAUCUGGUGUAUAGAACAGACUCUUGUGUUUCCUGAUGGACAACCACUGAACAUGAUUCUGGAUGAUGGUGGUGACCUGACUAACUUAGUCCACACAAAAUACCCCCAGUAUCUACCAGGGAUUGUGGGUGUGUCAGAAGAAACAACAACUGGAGUGCAUAAUCUUUAUAAGAUGCUGAAGAAUGAAACCUUGAAAAUUCCAGCAAUCAAUGUCAACGAUUCAGUGACCAAGAGUAAAUUUGACAACCUUUAUGGGUGCCGUGAGUCCCUUACUGAUGGUAUUAAACGGGCAACGGACAUCAUGCUGGCAGGGAAAGUGUGUGUGGUGGCAGGAUAUGGCGAUGUUGGAAAAGGUUCUGCCCAGUCUCUGCGAGCCUUUGGAGCUCGUGUCAUCAUCACAGAAAUCGAUCCUAUUAAUGCUCUCCAGGCUGCCAUGGAAGGUUAUGAAGUUACUACAAUGGAGGAGGCAGUGUCUCGAGCUUCGAUAUUCGUCACAACUACUGGCUGUCGUGACGUCUUAACUGGUGAACACUUCAUGAAAAUGGGAAAUGAUGCUAUAGUCUGUAAUAUUGGUCAUUUUGAUAUUGAAAUUGAUGUGAAGUGGCUAGAUCAGAAUGCAGUAGAAAAAAUCAACAUCAAGCCUCAGGUUGACAGGUACAAGCUGGCCAAUGGCAAUCACAUCAUCCUUCUUGCAGAGGGAAGGUUAGUGAACUUAGGUUGUGCAACCGGUCACCCAAGCUUUGUUAUGAGUAAUUCCUUCACAAAUCAAGUUCUAGCACAGAUUGAACUGUGGACUAAGAAAGGACAGUACAAAGUUGGAGUUUACUUCCUCCCCAAAAAGCUUGAUGAAGAGGUAGCUGCCUUGCAUCUUGAUAAGCUUGGAGUGAAACUGACCAAGCUCUCUCCUGGCCAGUCGGAGUACUUGAGCCUUCCAAGUGAAGGUCCUUAUAAACCUGAUCAUUAUCGUUAUUAGAAGCAAUUGUGGGACAUAUUUAGUGUGCAUUACACACAAAAUAAUAAACUUAUAUAAACCUCAAAGUUGUUCACCUUAUGAUUACUGAACUCUGUUUUAUUCACAGGUGGGUUAAGAACUUUGUAUAUUCCAGACCAAAGAGUUUUUUCUAAUAAAAUAUUUCAGUCUGUA